AUGGGUUUGUUGAAGAAGCAGGGAUACAAGCAACUGGUCAUGGUUGGUGACGGUGCCACUGAUCUAGAAGCUGCACCACCGGCUGAUGCCUUUAUCGGUUUCGGGGGAAAUCAGAUAAGAGAAGCUGUACGAACUCGAGCCGAUUGGUAUGUGACAGACUUUGAGAUUCUGCGUAAAGCACUGGAAUGA